UGGCGGUCGCAGAAGUUGCUUCCAAUGUUAGAACACUAUUGGCCUCAUUACGGUCAAAUUACCGACCAGAAGAUGAAGAAGAUGUGACCGGCAAUAUAUCUCUUGGGUUUCAACAGUUCAGGCAAUCAACAAACCUAACCAAAAGGAAGAAAAAGUACCCUACAUAUACAUUUAUGGUUGUCUGCCUAGACGAUCCAGAUAGAAUGAAAAGUAGUCCUGGACUACUUAAACUUUUAAGUAAGAAAUCAUUAGGGAAACAUACCAUCAAAGUAAGAAGGUCGGCCGGAAAACAAAAACUAGUCGAAAAAAUCACAAAGGUAUUCCCGUGCCUUUCUGGGAAGGAAUUUGAUUUGAUGAAGUGUUCCAAGGACGAUGGGAUGGUAUUUAGAAAGUUGGAGGGUGACACUGUCGAGAGCAUUCGACACAGGCUAAACAGAUCGAUGCUUUACAUCAGACCAAACACACCUAUAGUACUGUUAGACGAAGAAGAAGACAGUGAAUCUGAGCUUGAAAGAUCUCCUUUUGAUCAGGAAAUUCCACCACCUCAUAGGAGUAGACAGUACCCGCCAGAAAAUAUAGACACCCAAGCUGAUAAUCAACAGGAAUCAGACAAUUCGGGUGCUACAGUUCAAACAGAGGAAAUACCACCACCUCGUAGAAGACGGCGCCAGAGGGAAAACAUUGAAAUUCAAUCUGAGAAUCAACAAGAAUCAUCCAAUUCUGCAGGGAUCACAGUUCAAACAGAGGAAAUACCACCACCUCGUAGAAGACGGCGCCAGAGGGAAAACAUUGAAAUUCAAUCUGAGAAUCAACAAGAAUCAUCCAAUUCAGGGGCCACAGUUCAAACGGAGGAAAUUCCACCACCCCAUAGAAGUAGACGGCGUCAGAGAGAUAUCGUAGGAACCCAGUCUGAUACAAAUUUGGGUUCAGAAAGAAGAAGGCGAAGACAGAUGCUGUCAUUACCAUCACCUAGGAGAUCAAAUAGAACCGUCAGACCAAGGAGGGUUGCUGCUAUUGAAGCUAUGAAUUUUAUACAUGCUGUGACUUCAAGAACUACACGAAACAAUAGUGAAGCGACGACGAACACAGAAAUAGAAAGUUUAAGCAACCCACCACAAUCAGCAGAGACGCUAGAUACAGCAGUAAAUAACAAUGAUGAUUCUAACCCAGCUAGCCAUGAAACAAUAAUUAUUGAGAAUAACUUAGAAGAAAACUUGUACGAUGUCAUUGACAUGAUUGAGGUCUCCGAAAAUGAAGAAGAAGAAGAAGAAGUACGAAGGGGUUUGCAAAACAACAAUUUGCAUACUGAUGGAAUGGUCAGGGCCACGAGUACCAGUGGAGACUUAAAGUCUUGUCUAAAGGAGUUAAGGGAGCAAUUUCAAGAUAAUUGCACAUCUGUUCAAAGAAUUAUUGUAUUCCGCAAGAGUUUUUUAGACAGCAUAUUUUUUGCAUUGUCUAAAACAACAUUUAACCAGAAUGCAGAACUGUAUGUUAAAUUUAGUGGAGAGAUGGGAGACGACCAAGGGGGACCGAGAAGAGAAUUCUUCAGGAUUCUCAUGAAAGAGUUGCAGGAAUCAGAGCUGUUUGAAGGACAGCCCUUACAAAAAUUAUUUUCUCACAAUAUAGAAGCCCUUGAGAGAAAGAAAUACAAAAUGGCAGGACAACUUGUUGCCAUGUCCUUGGUACAGGGUGGGCCAGGCCUACACUGCUUACACGUAAACAUGUACAAUAUGAUGUUUUUGAUAGACGACAAUAAUGAAAUAUUUGAAAUACAGUGUUUGCCUGAUUUGGAGAUUGUCAAUAUUUUGUUAGAGCUGAAGAGUGUGGAAGAUUUCCAAGCCAAAGACUUGUUUCUCUCCAAACAUGGAGAUUGGUUGGUUGACCAAGGAAUAUCGAAUGCUUGGAGCUUCAAACUAAACGAUAAAGAUGCAUUGAUACGUCAACUUAUCAAACAGCUCAUUUAUUAUAGGUGCUUAGCAGAAGCAAGUUCGUUUUUAGAGGGCAUAAGGUCGGUUGAUGGAGUUUUUGAAUGCAUAAGUAAACACCCUCUUGCUUUCAAGGCAUUAUUUUGUGGAGAAUGCCCACAAACGACAUUGCAGUCAUUGUCAGAAAUAUGCAGUGUGAACUGGAGUGAUGAUGGCACCAACUACAAAUAUUGUGAGGAAGUUACAAUCUAUGCUUGGGAAUUGUUUUUACAAGCAGUUGAAGAUAAAGAAAUCGAUGUUACAUUUGGAGAUAUAUUGGUAUUCAUCACUGGCGCUGAAUAUAUACCACCACUAGGGUUUGAUAAAAACAUAGAAAUUGAUUUUUUUUCACCUGUAGAAGGAGAGACCAGAUUUCCAUUUGCCUCUACAUGCGGGAUAACCAUUUCUUUACCAAGAAACAUCAGUCACCCGGAUCUCAGCAAUUUGUUGGUCAGAGCCAUUAAAGACUCUCGAGGAUUUCAUAAAAUAUAACAAAAAUGUGAACCAAGUUGUUAAAUUUAAGCUGACUUUUAUU